CUCUCUCUCAUUCUCUCAUCAUUCAUCGUUCCUCUUCUCACUUCAAACCCUAAUCGCCGAAUCGCCUCCUCAGGAGCUCAAUCGACCUUGUGCGAUGACCUUUAAUCAAUCUUUAAUAGUCAAUAGUGAACACGACGAUGAACAUCAAUGGCGGAUUUAGGGCUAAAAUGGAGCACUACAUGUACAGCGGCGAGAAGAAGCAUGUCAUGGCCGGUAUGGCGAUCAUCGGCGUCAUCUUCGGUAUCCCAUGGUACCUCAUGAACCGAGUUCUGAUAUGGGCGGACCUGUUAGCUGCAUUUGCAAUGUAUGUGAUGAUGACUUACUUAACAAAUGUUUGGAACCUAAUCACUACACAUGCUGCUGGUAUGAUCAACAUUUGGAAUGGAAUCACACCGGCUUUGGCCAUUGGGUUUGCGUUCAUUGUCAAUGCCUUCAUGGGCGACUUCUAUAUGCUCAUAAUCUCGAGCAUUUCCUACAGUGUCGGAUUGGGAUUACUGACCAUGUCAACACCAGCUAUUUUUUGAUGGAUUGUGGUUUGU